AUGUUGCUCGACAUUGAAGGCAUGGAGGAAUUGGACGCAGCCUCUGGCAAGGGCAGGACUGCACUCCACCUUGCAGCCGCUGGUGGGCACACCGAUGCGGCGCUUGUGCUGAUGCUCGCAGGUGCCAAAGUUCAUUUAGUCGAUGGCAAGGGGUCAAUUGCCCUGCACUACGCCAUCUGA